AUGGAGGGCACGCAGAUGAGCGCGGAAGUGCUGCAGCAGCUCUAUCAGAACGAUAUGCAGCAACAUCUUAGCCCCGAGAUGCAACAAAUGCAGUGGCAGCAGAUGCAGAUGCAGCAAAUGCAGAUGCAAGGGCAAGGGCAGGAGGCGGAGCACGAGGGCUACGAAGGAUACUCCCAGGCCCAGGCUCAGGGUGGAGAGUAUCGGCCGGAGGAGGAAGAUGAACCUCAAGGUGAGCCGAGGUACACUCCGCGCUUCUAUUACCUCCUGGAGAAGCGGCAAAGACUACCGGCCUGGAUGGCAAGACAAGAGUUCCUGAAGCUCAUGCAAUCGAAUCAAGUCCUGGUGCUCGUGGGCGAGCCGGGAUCCGGUAAGACGACGCAGCUGCCGCAGAUCCUGCUGGAUGCGGGCUACCAUGUGCAGAUGGGCCAGGUGCGGGCCAUCUGCUGUGCGCAGCCGAGCCCCUUGGCGACGCUUAGUGCGUCGCUGCGGAUCUGUGAGGAGUUGGAGGUGCAGUUGGGUACUUUUGUGGGUCAUGUCACUCGCUUCGAGGACCGAACGUCAGGGGACACGCUCCUGCGCUUCCUGACAGACGAGGCCCUCUUGCGCGAGUCUUUGGAGGAUCCGCUGCUGGAGAGAUAUAGUGUCAUCAUCCUGGAUGAGGUUCACCAGAGAACCUGCGAGACAGACCUUCUCAUGGGCAUCCUGAAAAUGGUCAUGCAGAGAAGGCCUGAGCUGAAGCUACUGCUCUUAUCGUCUUCGAUGGACGUCAAGAAGGUUCAGGAUUACUUCGAAGGGGGCGCCCCCUUGUUGCAAGUCCCGAAUCGGACAUACUCAGUGGAGGUUUUCCACUGUCAAGAUUCAGAGAAAGACUAUCUGAAAGCUGCUGUGCGAACAGUGGCUCAGAUUCACACCACCGAACCUGAGGGUGAUAUUCUGGUGUUCUUGCCUCUGGAAGAAGAAAUCGACCUGGCAUGUCAGCUGCUCCGGAAAGAGUCAGUUCACAUGAUGAACUUCGGAGAGCUUCAGGUUCGUGCGCUCUACAUUGGCCUCCCGAUUCUGGAGACGCAAAGGGCAUUCGAACAGACUGCGCAGCUGAAGAUGGGCGGAAAGCCCUGCAGAAAGGUCGUGGUGGCAAGCAAUGUCGCCGAAACAUCCCUUGCAGUUGAUGGAAUAAUAUAUGUCAUCGACGCGGGACUCGUGAAACAACGUGCCUACAAUCCGCGAACCCGCAUGGAGGUAAAUCUGGUCAUGCCUGUCUCCAAGACCUCAGCAUUGCAACGGACAAGCCUAGCCGGCCGUGCGCGCCCUGGUAAAUGCUUCCGACUUUACCCAGAGCAGGCAAACGGCGACUGGCAUGAGAAGGUCCAUCCAGAGAUAAUGAGAUCAAAUCUCACAACCGUUGUGCUCAUGCUCAAGCGCUUGGGUUUUGACGAUGUGGUCCACUUCGACUUUGUGGACCCCCCCUCACCCGAGGCACUCAUGCGGGCACUGGAAUCUCUGAACCAUCUGGGGUGCAUUGAUGACAAUGGCAAUAUCACAGAGGUUGGCAACCAAGCAUGCCGACUUCCCCUGGAUCCCCAGAUAGCAAAGAUGCUGAUCGAAGCGCCGCGGCACCGAUGCAGCAAUGAAGCCUUGUCCAUAGCAGCUAUGCUUUGCUCAUUGCCAGUGUGGCUGAGACCCAACGAUGCCUUUCGUGCGGCGAACGAGGCAAAAGCCAGGUUCGCCCACAUGGACGGCGAUCACCUGACCUUGUUGAAUGUUUUCCACGCUUACAAGCAGCAGAUCCAAGAUGGCCACGAUCCUUCAAGGUUCUGUGCGGAGAACUUCAUCUCCAUCCGUGCCAUGCGACAUGCAGAAGUGGCACGCGAUCAUCUCAAAAGGAUUAUGGAGAGCAUUGGGCUACAAAUGAUCAGCACAGAUUUCCAGGAUAAGGAAUAUUAUCCCAACAUCAGAAGAUGCCUCGUUUCCGGCUUCUUCAUGCAGAUUGCGUGCUUGGAGAGCGAGAAGCGAGGUGCCUACAGCAUGCUGAGGGAGGGGCAGGAAGUUUUGCUUCACCCGUCCACAUCGCUUGGGCACAAACCAGAGUGGAUCGUUUUCCACGAGCUGGCUCUUUCCUCAAAGCUCUUCAUAAAGACAGGCACACAAAUCAAGCCGGAAUGGCUCCUGGAUGUUGCGCCGAGAGGGUACUUCGAUCCCCAAAAAAUCUCGGAGAAGAGCUCAGCGCGCAGCAAGCUCGAGAGGCUGAGUGCACGGCGCCAGGAUGGUUGA